GGCGGGGUUCUCAAAGGGCCGAGUCUGCAGAGUGACCCUACAGCGGUCCCUUUAUCUCUCCGGGUCUCAGUUUCCCGCUUCUGGGGAAGUGGGCGCCGAGAGAUUGUGCCCCCCUCAACGCAGCUCCUUGUCGCACACACCCCUGGUACCGGCGACCUCUAAUUUGCCUUUACUGCUGGGUCGAGGAGCCUGUCCUUAGUGGUGGGAAGGCCACCCAGACCACCGGUACCCGCACAGCACACCAAGCCGUUUCAGAUGUCAGUGGCCACGAGCAGGGUGUCCCCCUCAGUCCCGGGAUCAGUCAAGCCUGUCCGCGCCCGGGCACCCCAGAGCAGAGCACAAGCCCCUGUUAGUAAUAACUGAAGGUGAAAGGCCCUGUGGACUUUCAGGAACUCAACUUGCCCUAUCUGUGCCUUGGUUUCUUUCAUCUGUAAAAUGGAGCUAUAGGUAGCUAGCUCUUCCUUUAUAGGGUGGUUUGAGGAUUAAAUGAGAUACUGCUGUGUAGCAUCUAGCUCAGUCCCCAGCACACCAUAGUUGUCAAAUAAAUGCUUAUUGUUAGUUUGCGUGCCUGGCCCUUUUACUCCCACUACCAGCCACUGUCACUGAAGUGUAGUAGUCACCCACUCUGGCCCAGGACCUUGGUUCCCCUUGAGAUGUUCCUCUGCCCAAUCAUUUGGUGGGAUCCCUGCAGGACAGAAAAGGAAGGCCAGAGAGGGGGACAGCAUUGUGGGCUCUGUGGCUGAAUAUCAGGGUGCUGGUAGGAGGAAGCAGACACACAUAUGGCAUUAAAUUAGGCCACUAAUCAGUUAUGCUCAUCAAAGAAUGGACCUCAGAACUGCCAUGGCCAGUCUGUGGGUGUGUGGGUGUGUGUGUGUGUGUGUGUGUGUGUGUGUGUCUCCAACACUGGGUGUUCAGAGGCCACAGAGAUUUGUGAUGAAAGGGGGUCCCUUAGAUCUGGGAGGUUCCUGAAUUGAAGUCAUAGGGCUGUCAGCUUUUCACUUCACCUCCCUACAGUGGGAGACAGACAUCAGUUCCUCGGCUUGCUGAUGAAAAUUGCAGGAGAUAAUAUGUGUCAGGUGCUAAUCCUGGCAUAUAGUAAAUGCUCAAUAAACAAUGGGCAGCAAUAGCAGGAUGGCUUGCCUGUCAUACUGCCCUGAAAGCGGGCACCAGUCCUCCCAGCCUGGGCCCUCCCCCUCAGAGAUCCACCUGCCUUACCCCACUCCUGGUCCCUUCUGAACUUGAAGGUGCAGGGAGUCACCAAGCCUGUCGCCCCAUCCAGGGUCACACAGUGUCUGGGACAUAUCCACUCCCCUGCCUCAUCUCCUGCAAUUCUUGGUUGCUCACAGAUCCUGCUCUCUCUCCACCAACUGUUGACACGUGCAUGGAGCCAACCCCCAAGUCCAGAUGACGCUCAUGCCAAUGGCUACAGUGAUGGCGGUGACUGAACCGAAAUGGGUCCCAGUCUGGGGCCGUUUCCUAUGGGUGACAUUGCUGAGCAUGGCACUGGGGUCACUGCUGGCCCUGCUGCUGCCACUGGGGACCGUAGAAGAACAGUGCUUAGCUGUGCUUAAAGGCUUCUACCUGCUCAGGAGCAAACUGGACAGGGCACAGCAUGCUGUCACCAAGUGCACCAGCCCAUCCACAGAGCUCAGUGUCACCUCCCAGGACGCAGAGCUGCUGGUGGUCAAGACCAAGGCGUCUCCAGCAGGUAAGAUGGAGGCCAGAGCGGCCCUGAACCAGGCCCUGGAGAUGAAGCGCCAGGGCAAGCGGGACAAGGCGCACAAGCUCUUCCUGCAUGCCCUCAAGAUGGACCCAGACUUCGCGGACGCGCUCACCGAGUUCGGCAUCUUCUCGGAAGAAGACAAGGACAUCAUCCGCGCCGACUACCUGUUCACCAGGGCGCUGACCAUCUCGCCCUUCCACGAGAAGGCGCUCGUUAACCGGGACCGGACGCUGCCGCUGGUGGAGGAGAUUGACCAGCGGUACUUCAGCAUCAUCGACAGCAAGGUCAAGAAGGUCAUGUCCAUCCCCAAGGGCAACUCGGCGCUGCGCAGGGUCAUGGAGGAGACCUACUACCACCACAUCUACCACACGGUGGCCAUCGAGGGCAAUACCCUGACGCUCUCGGAGAUCCGGCACAUCCUGGAGACCCGCUACGCCGUGCCGGGCAAGAGCCUGGAGGAGCAGAACGAGGUCAUCGGCAUGCACGCCGCCAUGAAGUACAUCAACGCCACCCUGCUGUCCCGCAUCGGCUCCGUGACCACCAGCGACGUGCUGGAGAUCCACAGGCGGGUGCUGGGCUACGUGGACCCCGUGGAGGCCGGCAGGUUCCGGACGACCCAGGUCCUGGUGGGACACCACAUACCCCCGCAUCCCCAGGACGUGGAGAAGCAGAUGCACGAGUUCAUCCAGUGGCUCAACUCGGAGGACGCCACGCACCUGCACCCCGUGGAAUUCGCCGCCCUGGCCCACUACAAACUCGUCUACAUCCACCCCUUCAUCGAUGGCAACGGGAGGACGUCGCGCCUGCUCAUGAACCUCAUCCUCAUGCAGGCCGGCUACCCGCCUGUCACCAUCCUCAAGGAGCAGCGGGCCGAGUACUACCACGUGCUGGAGGCCGCCAACGAGGGCGACGUGCGGCCCUUCAUCCGCUUCAUCGCCAAGUGCACCGAGACCACCCUGGACACCCUGCUCUUCGCCACCACCGACUACUCGGUGGCGCUGCCGGAAGCCAACCCCAACCAUUCUGGGUUCAAGGAGACCCUUCCCGUGAAGCCCUAGCCCCGGUGACGAGGGAAGGUAGGGAAGGGAUCAAAGAGCAUUUCUAGAAACCUCGCAUCUCCAGAAGCAGAACAGACCUUUGAAGUCUUUACCUCUUUUUUUUUUUCCUGGUUAAAAAAAAAAAACUAAAUUAUUAAGCUUUAGUCUCUUUAAGAUAAUUUAUAAUUCAAGUUAUUUAUUUUCUUCUUUUGAGCAAGCCAGUCGUGGGUGGUGUCCACUGUGGCUCUGCUGGUGGCUGCUCUGAGCGGUGGUCCCCCCACCGCAGGAGCACUGAUGCUCCUGUGUGACCAGAACCCGGGUUUUGGAGCAGAAUUUGCACUAAGGCCAGGGAGAGAGGCCAAGUCUUUCUCUGAAACUGGCUGUGAGCAGUGUGUGGCUCUAAGGGGAGUCAGAAGUCCCAGGGAGAAGCCAUCCCAGUUCUUGGGAGAGAGAGCAUCUUCUUGGGGUUUGGCUCCCCUCCCAAGAGACGAGCGUGGUGGCUUUCCCCAGGAGCGCCACCAUUUGAGGUAGGAAAUGAAUGUGACAUUUCUAGUGGAACUCCUUGCUCGUCUCCGGGAAGGCUCUUUGAGCACCGUUAAUUUGCAGACUUGAGUGCCAGAAGCUGUUUUUCAUACGGAGACUAUUUUUCUAGUUCAGGAGGGGAGGGCGGCCAGCCUGGCUUCUUAGUGCAUCAGCUUCUCCUUGCACUCCACUCACAGCAGCGGGGCCCAGAGCUUUCUCUGGGGCUCAGCGUCCCUGGGUCGGCCACCCCCUGCAGCCGGCUGCUCAGGAGGCCAGUCCUUCCUCCCCCUGCAAGCUCCCUGUUGAUUUUAGGGCAUUUCCAAGAAAGAUGCCCCAUCAGCCCAUUAAGCAUUUCUGAUACUGAGCUAGAGCCCUGCCACAGCCAGGAGGGUCCCUGUGGGGUGGUUUUGCGCCCUCACAGCCCUGGCCUCACCUCACAUAGCCCCUCUGCUGUCCAGCCUCCCAUCGAAGAAGCGGGAAAGGUUGCCUCCGAGUGGCUGUAUUUUUCUAGCAACCUGCAAAAUGACACAGUGUCAUAAAUAAUGUGGCCAGGCUUCCAAGCUGUCAUCUCACAGAAAUAGAAUCUUCUCUUCCAAUCACAGGUGGCACAAGUUCCAAUUGGACUGCUGCUAGUUAGUGUCAGAAUGGCCAAAAAUCACUAGCGUCCUUGCCCAGGGACAGCCUGCAGCGUGACGCUGCACUGCACUUUGUCACGGUCGAGAAUCACAUCGUGCUGUCCUACCUUUGCUUUUAGGAUUGAGUUCCUGACAGCCAUGCGGUCACUGCUCAGACAGCAGCAAAUGUCUAUAGUCAUUCACAAAUGGCACAGAGUGGUUUUCUGGAAGGUUCAGAAAAAUAAGUGGAAACGCGUAUGCAGUGGUCCUUCUGCCCACGCGCCCAGGUGGUGUCUUCUGCUGUCUUGGUUUGUAACUGGUGACAAGGAAGCGUGGCAGGAGUGCGUGCUUUGUCCUUUAGAAUUUGCACUUUAGCUACAUGUGAAGGAUGUUAUUUUAACAAAUUACUGAUUCUAAUAAAGUAUUUUAUUACAUAAA